AUGGAAAUCACACAAACGCAAGGCGCUAUGGCGAAAGCGACCUUAGCGGCAUUCGAGUUUGACACACCGCUCGAAACGGCUGAGCACCAAGAGCAAAUGCCAUCACCUAUCAAAGGCCUGGCAGAAACACGUCAAGCAAAACCCACCAUUGUUGAACGCCCUUGCGAUGGCUGCAGAUCACGAAAAAAGAAGUGCGAUAAGCUCCGACCUCGAUGCAGCGCCUGCCUUAAGCGCAAGAUAACCUGCUACUACAGCGAACCUGGUCGUUCGCUGAAGCGCAAACGUGCGGUCUUAGAAGCAAGCGUUCACACUACAGUCAGUGCAAGAACUUCGCGAGAUGGCAGCGUGGAAUCACUGCCCGAGAAGAGAGAGCCUGCUCCGUCUACCCGAUUCAACAGUCCCGAAGCAGAACUGGCUGCUGUCACAGCCGAGACUGUCCACGGCUUGGGCGAGGACGAAAUUGCCCAGAUUCCAUAUUGGAAGUGGAUGAAUCGGCGCAAGGCCUUCGAGGAAGACAUGGAGCGGGCAUCAGAAAAGCUCAGAGAAGAGCGGGAAGCAGGAAGAUCGCCCAAGGACAGCGUUAUCGAGAGCGAUGUCCAUGACCAAGAGGUCCCGAGAGACGUCAACAGCGCCGGUCUCGAACAAGCGGCGGAGAUGGGAGUCCCACAGCCGCGUACAGCAGCUCAAAGAGUCUUCGGCAUUUACGAACUACUGGAGAGGAUAUUGCUCGGGGCAGACAUGAAGACAGUGCUUCUCUCACAGCGAGUCGACAAGACAUUCCAGAAUGUCAUCAAUCGGUCGACAAGUUUGCAGCAGAAGCUUUUCUUAAAACCUUGCUACUCGAAUGUAUCGUCAGGUAACCCGCUAUUCAAGAUCCGACCUCAAACUCCUUUUCUAAUGCCUGGUACAUUCGAGAUCGACCUCAUCGGCAGCAAAUUCAGUCUGGAAACCAUCCGCUUCGACUCACCAGCGCUGUUCUCGAGGGCUCACGAAAAUGAAAGCUGGCGUAGAAUGCUUGUUGUGCAUCCACUUUCUGGAAGUCUCUGUGUGCUCGGUAGGUGUCCCUCCGGCGAUUGGGGAGAGUACGGGACGGUUGCAUACCCCAGUGGUCGCGAAAUUAAGAUGCAGGCUCUUUGGGCAGAGCUUGUCAUGCAGCAAAGGACUAAAGAUUGGUCAAGAUAG